AUGGGACCGCUCUCUUCCCAGAACGGGGAUCCCCGUGCACUCUAUAAAGGAGGGAAGCAUUUUGAUUCUCUCCAAACCGUUCCCCUGGGAAGCAUCCAAGACUUUCGAGACACCCCCAUCGUGCUGAAGAAGGAGGACAAGGAACUCGGGAUCGAAAUCGUCGGAGGGUCCGACUCACAUCUCAUUCAGAGGAAAAAAAUACAAAAAAAGAAAGCUGUGCAGAAUGCGGUGUGCGUGUCGAGCGUGAGGGAAGGAGGAUCCGCCUAUCGUGACGGCCGACUGCAACGGGGCGACAUCCUGCUGGCCGUGAACGGCACGGACCUCCGCCGGAAGAGCCACGAUGAGGCCAUACAGGCCCUGCAGGAGGCUUCGUCGCCGGUCAAACUCAUCGUCCUCCGAGAAAAUCCGCAUCUCAUGUUCACCACCGACGAAGAGCCAACGAGGUUCGUGACCGUGCAGUUGAGGAAACACGUGGUGACGGAAAGGCUGGGCCUCAGUCUCAUGUCCGGCAGAGAGGGGAAGGGAAUCUUCGUGACGUGGGUGGAACCGGGCAGCCCAGCCUCCAGGAAUGGCAGGAUCCUACAAGGGGACCUUCUCAUGGAGAUCAAUGGCCAGGACAUCCGACGACUCCCCUACGAUGAUGUCAUUCGGAAAUAUAGCUGGUAUCAUCACCCCGAUACCCAUACGAGAAAGCGAAUCGUGCACGAGAGUGACACCGAUGACACUCCGUCUCAAUGGUCCGGAAGAGUGGCCGAACGUUCCCGCAGUGGAAACGAGACUGAUGCCAAGUGCGAUGAACGGUUCACUCAGAUGUCCGCGAACUUCCGCUUCCGCAGAAUGAACGAGACUGAAGCCGAACGUUCUGAGAGGCAAGCUCGAGAUGUUGCAGCAUGUAUUGUCCCAAGGACUGGUGAAACAGAAGAGGACAGAGAGCGUCUCGAUGUUAAUGCACGGAGAGUUGUGGCGAGAUCAAACUGCACUGUGUCUGUAUUGAUGUGUCUGAAGCAAUUGAAGUGGUCCUCUUUCGCCUGGGCCCCGAAACGACCAAGCGCGAAACUGACGAAUACCAUCCACGGGAGACUUCGUGAUGCAGCCGUUGUUUCAAGGGUCCCGAACAUCAGGGUUGCCAAGUGGUCUUGCCAUUCUGAGCAGCACUGGAGGAGUGGAGAAGUGCAGGUGGAAUCCGAAGGAGAGGUGGUGCUUCUUUUGGGCCGGGUGCCGUCGCAGGCGAUGACGAUCCAGCAAUGGGCUCGAAGCCCCAGCACCUUCGGGGACUUGUCAAACUCGUCCACAAGGGACAGGUCGUACACUUGGGCCGGCAACCCGUUGCAUUCUACCCAACCCAACAACAUCGAGUGAGU